UCGCCCUUGUAAACACCAAUACUACCUCACUAAAUAGUAUUCCAGAUCAGUAGGCAUCCGUACUGGCGUAGGAGUUCGGCAUAGGCUCAUACUAUUUAGUGCGCUAGUAGCUAUGCGGUAUUUGGACGUCCCCACUGUUCCCGCCCACUUUACUACAGAAGCACGCGCGGAUUCGAAUCGCAGAGCGGAAUCUCGCGCGCGCUGCAGGUGGACACCGUCUCCAAAGCGCGUGAAAAGUCUCCGCUGCGUGGAACACCGAGUCAGGACCGCAGCCAGGGUUAUUUUUCUUUUCUUUUCUUCUGCACCUUUCAGGAUCCUUUCAGAAUGGCAUCUCUGGGUAGCAUCUGCUUCCUCUUGCCUGUUGCGUUCCACCUCUUGAUGGUGCCAAGCUUCAGCUCUAUGGCCGCUGCUAGAAGGUGCGGCUCCAUCUACAAGGGUUUUGCCCAGUGUCUUCUGGCCCUGGGGGACAGCUUGUCUGUCAGCAGCCAAAAAGACGAGGACAUGCACGACAUCGACUCAGUCUGCAGAUCAUGGGAUGAUUUCCAUGACUGUGCAAACAAUGCUAUGGCUGGCUGCCCUGACGAAGCCGCUGUUGUGUGGGAGUCCCUGAGACAAGAGUCUAAAAAGAUGCAGUUUGCAGGUAACCUGUAUGACAUGUGCUCUAGUCGCAGCCAAUCAGCAAUCGACACAGGGGCCCAGAACCCAGAUGAGACCAAUCAAGAGUCCCUGAAAGGAAAGGCCAGUCAUUUAAGCCCAGGCCUAAACAUCCUUCUCCUCACUUGCAUGUGUUUACUGUUCCUCUACCUGUGGAUAUAAGCCAAGACUUUCUGCUUCAAGGGACAUGCAGUGGAAUGUAAUGAAUUACCAAUGGACUGUCGUGUGUGAUGUUGACAUUUCUCAAAGGUAACACGUUGUAAAUAAUAAUUCUUUUUUUUUUGUUUGCUUGUAAAAAGGCAUGCUUUUGAACAGAAUUCUACACAUGUACAGUGCCCUCUAUAAUGAUUGGCACGUUCAUGAAAAAAAGCAAAAAGGAAUAUCUAAAAAUAAUAGCACAUGCAAUAAGUAAUACAUGGAGCUCAAACAUACACAGACAUUGUGUAGUUUUAUUUGAACAGUUUUUUUUCUCUACAAAAUACCACUUACAAAAUUAUUUGCCCCCUUACAUUUAAUAUUUAAUAACGUGUACAUUGGAGAGCGUAAAAGCACUAUGUCGUGUAAACUAGAGGCAAUGGAUGCAAAUGCAGACUUCAUUUUAAGAAAAUACAAACAAGUAACUAAAAUAGUGAGAAAACACAAACACAAACAGGGGAUACAGGGCUAAACAUAAGCAAGACUAUGGUAUACUUAGUAACGCAUAAACAUGACAACAGAAACAACAAAAGCUUGAGAAAAAAGUACUGAAACAAAGUAACUUACAUACCGGUGUUAAUCAGAGUGAAAAAAAGACACAGGUGAGGCUGAUUGAGACAUGUGACCAGGUCAUGUGACAUGCAGGGGCUAAUUGGUGAGGUAGUUUAGCACUGAUUUUGGUAUAACCCUGCCACACUAAAGGAAUAAUAGCACAAAAUCUGAAAAAGAAUAUAAAGUAUUGCUUCACAACAUGAUGUUUUGAUGGUGACAAAUAUUAUUUCACCUUUUCACGUUUUACAAGUCUCAUUUUUUGUCCAAACAAGACUUAGGCAAACACUGCUUAAUAAUAACUGGAUACAGCAAAUUGGAUUUGUUUGACAGCAUAGAAUUGUCAGGGUUUUUUUUCCUUAUUCAGAGCAAUAUAUGUAGUGCUAUUAUGUUUUUUCUGCAAAACGUGUUUAUGAAUAAAAUAUUACAUUUUUAUUACAAAUCUGUUAUUUCCCUCUGUGUAAAUAUUUAUAUAUAACAUUCACAACAAUGUAUAAUUUAAAAAAAAUGUCUGCUAUGGGAAGAAAAUGUAAUUUACAUAAGAGAAUGUUGUGGUUCAUUCUGGGAAAUACUGUAUGUCAAAUAUUCUGAGACAUCAAGUUACAUUCAAUAUUAGAUAUUUGUGAGCCAACAUUUAAAGUGCACCUGUUAUGGUUUUUCAGAUAUUAUCUUUCAUGUAGUGUGUUAUAGAAAUGUUUGUGAAUGUAAAAAAUCUGCAAAGUUUAUAAAAUCAAAGCGCACGACAAACGGAGUUAUUGACUCCUAAAAGAAGGAAGCGAUUCUGAACAGCUAAAACGAGUCGUUAGUAAUUCCAGACUUACUUACUUCCUGUAUUAACCUACGUAGGUUUGUAACAAAAAGCCCCGCCUCUGGUCUUCAUUGGCUGCUAGCGAACAGACGGAGCUGAAACUCGUUAUGGUAGUGGGCGUUUCCUUUUCGACACAUGCUGACGCUGGUAGACCAAUCACAACAGACUGGGACAUCUGACCAAUCAGAGUAGAGUAUGCUCUCUGAAAAGGAGGAGUUUAGAACGAAUCAUUUAACGGGUCAUUUGUGACACGGGGAAAAAGGUAAUGCUGCAAUUUAAAUUAUGAGUUAUGAAUUAUGAGAUUUUUUUUUUUUUACCUUGGGUGCAUGUAAAUCUAUUGUAUGAGACCCAUUUUUUUGUUCUAUUCGAUUUGUACUUUUUACUGUUCUCACUGGCAAUUUAAUACUAAUAUUGUUACUUAUUAGAAUCUGUAAGAAUGUGGGUUUUUUUGUUGUUGUGAGGAUUCAAAAUGUAUCACUUUUUCCGCUGUAACAGUAAUACUAAUAGUAAUUCUGAAGAGCCCAGAUCUGUUAAUUUUUCUUGAGAUGUAAUUUGGUGCUUCAUGGUCAGUGAAUGACAUGUGAAUGUAAGAACUACUGUACCUCAAAGAUGCACGUCAGUAUCACCUCAGAACUCAAAUUGAUGCAAUCAUCUCUAAUCAUAUUAAAAAUGUAUAACAUGACCAACAGAACAAUUGAAUUGUAUUAUACAUCAUCUAUAAUUUUAUCCAAAUUUUAGCAUUCUUUUUUUUUUUUCUUUAUUUUUUUUGGAAACACUUUUUGCAGUCACACUUUGAAUUCCCUUCUCACAUAAAGUUCAUAAUAUUCUAACAAGCAUUAUAUUUAAUAGAAAUGGAGGCAUGAGAAAAGUUUGAGUACUGACCUGCUCCUUCACUCUAACCUUAAUGCUCAUUACUUAUUAUGCUAAUUGGCUCGUGUGAGUCCUUAUGAAUUUGCAAUGGCGAUAGUCCUUUAAAGAUAAAGGGAGAUGUCACAUAGUGCAUGGGUUCGUUAUAAGUCUGUCCUCAUUCCUUUGAAGGUAGAUCCUAUAUCAUAUCACUGUCCAUCAGAUGGGAUAUUUUAUGCAGAAACUCUGGGAUUAAAGGGAUUUUCCACAUGGAUGCCAUCAACCAGAGACCCUGAAACUGCUUGUCCAAUGCUUGCAACCUUGUUAUUUAUUUCAAAUGGACAUUUCAAAAACAAUCUAAGAGACGAAAUGAUUUUAAUUAGAACAUAUUCCAAGCAUACAUACUGUACUUUCAGUCUUUUUUUUUUCCCUUUCCUUGUGUAUGAACAUUUCACAACCUGAUGAGACAAUAAAUAAAAUGUACUGACUGAUGAA